AGUUGAACAGGUAAACCCGGAUACCUGAUGGAGGGUGGAGUGAGGGAGGGAAAUGCGAUCAAAGCCGGCAACUGACAGUGCUACUGUCUACAGAGAACACUGUAAGUCUACACUGUACAGUCUACAGAAAAGGAGAAACUGAGAGACACUGAGAGAGUGGGGAAAGAUCAUCCAGUGAACUGCAGUCCUACAUCUCCUCACCUCCAUCUCAGGUUCUGUGCCUCACACAAGCAGGAUGAAGAGUGUCUGGACAUUGGUUCUUUUGGCAGUGUGUGCAGUGAUGGUUGUGGCCUUUCACACUAUAAAGCAGGAAAUGAACAUUCACAGGAUGAGAAAUCUAAUUGUUUUAAACACUGAAGAAGUGAAGACAAUGGAGAAUGAAAUCAUGAGUUCCAAACUGGCAAUGCAGAAACUGAGCAGCCAGCUGGCUCCAUUGGAUGAACAGAAAAAGCAACUGAUAAAGAGCAUGGAAGAGCAGAUGAGAGAGAAAGAAAACUCUGAGAAAAGUCUGAACACCUGCCAAAUGGAAAAGUCAGAAUUCGAGCAGCAGAAAUCAGAAAAGGAUUCAGCAAUCAAUAUGCUAAAGGCAAAUCAGGAUGGUGAGACAGAGAAAGUGCAGGAGGAGAUUCAGCUUUUGCAGAAACAGAUUCUGGAGAGAGAUACAAAGAUCUGUUUAUAUGUGGAUACAGCACGAGAAGAGGGAAGGGCAUUGUGUCAGGACAAAAUGGCUGCCAGUAACUAAGGAUAAAAAGGAAAACCAGGAAAACUUUCUAUUUUAUUUAGAUUUUUUUAAUCUUCGAAAGCUUACAAAUGUUUGAUCUGUCACUGGUAUUGCUAGUGGAUUACGUUUGCAUUCAGGAUUACUUUGUGGACUACUCCUGUGUGCUUUAGUGUGGAUUAUAGUUUCCAAGUUGUAUACCUAGAGGUUCCCAUUGUUAACUGCCUGGUUAAAUGCACUGUUGAAUUGUUGAAUUGUUGAAUUGUUGUACGUACAAUAAAAUUAAGACUAAUUAAGAUAGCUCAUUUCACAAUUGUAAUUAAUGAAGCUAAUAAAGACCAAGUCAUUCCAGA